UGUAUACUUGGUAGGUAUUGGCGCAUGCGCUCUCAUCCCUCAUGGACCAAAAUUCAAGUGUUACAAAAUAAGUACAGCGUCAUAGUGCUUUGUGUAAAAAUUACUAAAUACUACAAAUGAUGUCGUGUGGGGCAGAAUGUCUGUCCCUUGGCCCUCCGCCGGAUUCAAUCAUGCAUAUGCCCCCACCGCCUCUACCGGCCUUCCUCGCCAACAUGGCCAACUUGACACCACCCUGCAGAGCUUCGAAGUGUCCCCCACUGCUCAAUAACGAAGACAACUCAUUGUUUCCCGGAGUUGAGUACCACGAGUUACCACGACAUGAACCAGCUGCAUCUGACGACACAUGGUUCCUGGUGCUUAUUACUUGCUGUAUUGCAGUGCUGUGUAUUGCUGCCGUUUUAGCGAUUUUUUUACUGAAAUGUAGAGAAGCACGUGGUGGCUGUAAAAGCGGAACGGGUAAAACAAGCGGAUCCAAUGCGCUCUAUGGUAGUGCUGCCCUUGACUCCCGAGUAUUGUGGGCUGCCCUCACGCCAAGAGGAACUCGACACUUCGUCGCCGAUACUUACCCACACGAUGAAACUGAGGACCAUCAUUAUGAAUGUGUCGAACCACCUCUAUACAAACUUGGACCGCCAGAAGAUUUAGCCAUCACUAGACAUUACACCGUCGAGUAUGAAGACCCUGCUCCAUUAAUCGAAAGUUAUUCCGAUAGAACCGAAGAAUACUUUAGGAAUGGUAUGGAUACACUCCGUCGGGGAAAUAGACCACUUGUUUCAUCUCCUACCAGAAUUGAAAGACCCAAUUUGCCGCCAUUAAAUUUACAGCCUAGAACGCUAAGACGCCCGCCACAUUCACGACGUGUGAGUGAUGCAAAUAACUCCGAAAAAUCGGCUAUCUGAACCGAAAAUGGCGCGGUCUUUUCCGUCGCCGAUUCAACCGAUAUCGACUAUGAAUGGUCCAUCGAUUCUAAUGUUGAUAGACUUGUCUAAAUGUCUUUCACUUCGUAUUUCUUUUAAAUAUAAAAAUCAUAAUGACCACUUCUUUGGCGAAAAUAUUUGUAUUUAGUUAUCAUUAGAUAAUUUAAUGAUUUCGAUUGACUAAAGAAAAAAUACUUUCGUUAUUCAUAAGACUAUAUGAAUAACGAAUAUGAAUAACUAUGUAUUAUAUAAUCCAAAAUUACAACACAUUCAUGAGCAACAACAAUAAAUAGAAAUUAUUUAAACACUACCUAAGCAUUUUGAACGCUGCUGAAUAUUAAUGGAUCUUGCUAGCGUAAAGGAGCCAACCAGCACCGGCAACAUAGUUUCUUUUAUAUAGAUAUAAAUAGAUAAUAAUUAAUGUAAGUUGUCACCCUAGUCUAAUUUUCAACUAGUCACGCUGGAUUAUAUUAUAUAUUGUUGGCUAGAUAAGUUAGUAGGUAUCUAGUAACAAAUAAUUUUAUUUGACUGUUGUAAUAACAAAUAAUAUUUAAACGUGUAGGUAACUAGUUAUAAGUACAUAUAUGUGAAUUAAUAUUGUGUAAAUAGCCU